AUGGAAACAAGUAAUAUGAGCACUUCUGGAUUGUUAGAGUGGGAGUUUUCUUUGCCAUCUGACCACAUAAUAUCUCAUGGUUGGUACCACGGAGCUUUAAGCCGCACAGCAGCUGAAAAUUUGCUGCAGCAAGAUAGAGAGUUUUUAGUGAGAGAAUCCUCCUCGCAACCUGACAAUUACGUUCUUAGUUGUCGAUCUAACGGACAACAUUUACAUUUUGUCAUUCAAAGGAUUGUUGUCCAUCCUGAAACUGUUUAUGAGAGAUAUCAAUAUCAAUUUGAAGAUGAGGCGUACGAUACAGUUGCAGAUCUUAUUACAUCUUACGUCGGGUCCGGUAAACCAAUAUCAGCGGCUUCUGGAGCAAGAAUACAAUAUCCGUCAAAUCGUGUUUCACCAUUGACCAAUUAUAUGCCGAACGAGGAAAUAAACGUGGGCUCACCAAUGACUGAAGCAUCAUCAUACGGCAAUCCUUAUAGUUUAUACAGUCAUUUUGCAGCCAAACCAGGUAUGCAACUUCGAGUCCCUUUCAAAAAGCAAAGAUCACACUCGUUGACACCAAUAGAUAUAACUCAGCACAUUACUCAUGGCAAAAGUGCGAGUGCUGAUGGCGUUAUUCAAAGCCAAGGAAAUAAACAUUUUAAAAAUUUCUCAAGUGAUUCCAGCUCUGGUUCGGGCACUUGGGACACGAAUUUACCCAUGAGUCCACCCGCAAAACCGGCACGAUAUGAUGGACCAAAGGCUGAUGAUAGACGAAUUGAACUUCAGAGGCUAUAUCACGUAUCUGGCUCGGAUUCAGGCAACGGAUCCGGUGAUUCUACACAGAGCUCAGCCCACAGUGAUCCUAAUAAGUCAAGGAUGGACUUGGAUUAUAAUUUAGCUACACCAACAAUAAAAAAUCAAUUUGAUUAUGACGUUACGGAGGCUAAGUUACUUCAAGCUGAUAAUUUAGAUUACCAAAUUGAAUCAAGAAUCGACUUGGAAAACUUUCAAUCACAGAUUAUAUUGGCGAAUCUAACUAAGCCGCUGGAGUCGGAAACAUUGCACACGAUCAAAUUGCUGUUACGUACAUCUGGGCCGCGAAUUUUGUCAAACCACAUGACAACAGUAGACUUACGUUUUUUAUUAGAAGAUGCCGUGCAGAUCGAGGGUCUAGAUAAAAUUGCCUCUGGGUUAGAGUUAUGUUUUUUGCCUCAAGGUAGAUCUCUACGUGUGGAUGUCAUUGAGAGGGUCGAGACGUUUCGCCUUCUUAUAGCUGUGACUAUACUCACUUGUCAAACAGAUCGGCAAAGGGCAGAUGUAAUAAAUGAUUGGAUACUUUUAGCGGUAGAGACCAAAACCGCUCUAGGGAACCUUUAUGGAUUCUCAGCUAUUAUGUUUGGACUUUGUAUGCCACAGGUGGAAUGUUUGGAAAACGCGUGGAGUAUAUUACGUCAGUCUUACACUGAUAACGCAUUUAUGUUUGAAGCUAAACUAAGACCAUGUUUCAAAAGUAUGAAUGAAGGAACAAACCCACUUCCUCCAAAUACAACAACGCCCUACGUGUUACCACCAGUUAUGUGCUUUCAUAAGUUUGAUGGGGACGGCGGUAGUCUCAUGCCACCCGAUGGAACAUUCCCCAACAGUUUGAUGAAUACCCUUGAGUUUGACUUCACCACUACAGCGGCACAUCUGGAUGCGGCAAGACACUUUCCCGAUCAAGUUGAAAUGUUUAAAAGGAACGCAAGGACAGUCGUCCAAGAAAUGUCAUCGUUAGGACCCACUUUGGAUCCAGUUCUUCUUGAAUUAUUCAGAACUGAAUUUCAUAUAAAUUUCCUGUGGGGAGAAAGAGGGGCGUUGACUACGCCAAAUCAAAGAUUUGCUAGGCUUACUGACAUACUGACCGCCAUGGCAACAAAAUUAGUAAAUCAGCCUUUGAUGCCCGAAGAUGCCGUC